UUUGAGCAGCUUGGCGAUCCCGAGUCCCAUCUCACCAAUCGAGAGGACGCCUACAGUAGCGAGUGGAGGAGUCAUCUUGAUAUCGACCUUUGUCUCCGACUUGAGAUGUUCAAGAGAUGAUAAUGCAUCGAUGAUAAUACUCGUAUCAGUCACGCUCGGCGUGCCUCACCAGACGCCGAAAGGUGAGCGGGGUGUUCUUGCCGCUUCGAUGCAACGUCAUGCCCGAUUCGGAUACAGCAGCCGACAGCUACUUCCAUCUUUCGAAUCAACACACAUCGUCGUCAAUCGUACUUGCUAUGUCUCCUAAGCUUCUAAAUAUCCGUGCAGUCAGCUACCCUAUCCGCUCUCGCAUCUGCUUCAAUCGCACCAUGGCGACCGUCCGCUCAUCUAUAAGCCAUGAAGAACGCACCGCCCAAGAACCACGAGAAGCACGCUUGGAGCCAGUAAUUGUUUCACGUAUCGAUGCCGUCAAUGAUACUGUUCGUCUUAUUCGUUUGAGUGCUAUGAAACCUGACCAUAAGCUAAAGUUCCUACCAGGACAAUGGCUAGACGUCUUUAUUCCUUCUCUAUCCAAAGCUGGAGGCUUUACCAUAACUUCGAUACCCUCAGACCAAGGCCAACCUACCCCUCAACGACCAGCCUACUUUGAACUCGCGAUACAAAAGUCCACCAAUCCUCCUGCUCAAUGGCUCUGGAAACCGGAAUCUGAGAUCUUGGAUGAGCAGAUUAUUGUACGCACAGGUGGAAGCUUUGUUUGGCCACCCCCAGGAAUCAAUAUCGAUGAGAUUGAACAAGUCGUCCUUGUCGCAGGGGGUGUAGGCAUCAACCCCUUGAUCUCAAUCUUUGCACAUCUGAUGAGUCUUCCCAAACGGCCGAAAAAGGUCAGAUUUGUGUAUGGCUCUAAGGUCGAGGAAGGUCCGAUCGAAGCUUCACGUAUUCUUUUCCUGACCAGAAUCAUGGAACUGAUCAAGAAGCAAGAAGAAGGUGAUGUACAACUGGACUUGUUUCUUACCGCAGCGUCGCAGAAACAAGUCGAUGAAGCGAGAGGACUACCUGAACAUGUCAAAUUAGGAAGGAUAGGGAAAGAUGACUUGGAAGCCAGCGUUGGCGAGGACCGCGGGAUCAGACAAGCGACUGUAGCUUACAUCUGCGGACCCCCUGCCAUGACCGACCAAUUCGUCGACUUCUUGAGCACAAGAGAUGGCAUGGACAAGCGUAAAGUGUUAUGCGAGAAGUGGUGGUGAACUCGCACACUUGUGCUGCCAGCAGCCCCCUGGCCCUUAGAUCGGAUACCGAUCGAGUGAUGAGGUUUUGAUCGACCUCUAUGUACUCUAUCAUGUCUCACUUUGGCGACAUUCCAUGG